UAGAACUAAUCUAUGUUACAUGUUUUAUUUCAGAUAAACAAACCAUAUCUUCCAUUGGCCUCUGGGAAAAUAUCCUUCAGAAAUUGUGUCUUUAUUGAUGCCACAUCUGCAAUUAUGGGAUUAGGGAUUAACUUGAUGAUAGGUUCUACUGCAUUGAUUUGGAACUUUGUGUUGUGCGCAACAUUAUGGACUUGCUAUUCUGCCAAUUUGCCUUUCUUACGAUGGAAGCAAAAUCCGGUGCUGGCAUCAUUAGUCAUGUUUGCUUGUUCGACACUUGUAAAUCCAAUUACAUACUUCCUUCAUAUCCAGACGUUUGUGUUGAAGAGGCCACUUGUGUUUACAAGAUCGUUAAUUGUUACUCUUCUGUUCAUGAGUUUCUACUCAACUGGUUUAGCAUUAGCCAAGGAUAUACCUGACGUAGAAGGAGAUACAAAAUAUGGCGUUGAUACUUUCGCAGCACGUUUAGGCCAGAAAAAUGUAUUUUGGAUUUGCGUUUUCCUUUUGGAAAUGGCAUUUGGAGUUGCCUUUUUGGCAGGAGCAUCAUCUUCAUCUCCCUUUUGGAUUAAAUUUGUCACGUGUCUUGGAAAUGCUGUUCUUGGUUCAAUUCUGUGGUACCGGACCAAAUACGUAGACGUGACAAAUCCAGCUUCCACUAGAGCCUUCUAUUCCUUUAUCUGGAAGUUAAUGAUGGGGUCAAACCAUUCUGAAAUUGGGUUUAGGCAUCGGUUAUUUUCAGCAACCGAAGCAGAAUGCUCUGCACCUUUCACCUGCCACCCUACCACUCUGCCUGUUUUGCCUAUAAUUUUCCACGUGGACCUGGUGAUGCUUUUAGGAAUUGAUUUUGCUGAGACCCGAGGUGUAUACUGUGGGUUUAGGCAUCGUUGCAUCGCUGUUGGUGCUACGUCGUCGUCGCCGCCUUGCGCCACUGCCUCGUCUUCGCGCUGUCAAGACGUCCUUGCCUUGUUCUCACUGCCACAAUCCUCCUUUGCCCUUGCACCGCUAGACUGCAUCGCUGGACUUCAUGUUGUCUUGGUUCUUCGUCUCUUGCUCAAGUUAUCUUGGUUCUUAGUG